GCGCCGCUCCAGGCGGCCGGACCCCGCGCACCCAUGCUGCUGACGCUGGCCUGGGGCUCGCUCUUCUUCCCCGGGCUCUUCGCGUUCUGCACCUGGGCGCUGCGCCGCUCGCGGCCCGAAUGGACCGACUUCGACUGCGUGAUGAUCAGCACCAGGCUGGUUUCUUCGGUGCAGGCUGUGCUGGCCACCGGCUCAGGCAUCGUGGUCAUCCGCUCCUGCAACAACGUGAUCAGCGACAGGCACUGGCUUGCCCGAGAGUACGUCUGGUUUUUAAUUCCGUACAUGAUCUACGACACUUACGCAAUGUACCUCUGUGAAUGGUACCGGGCCAGAGACCAGAACCGCGGACACGCCACCACCUUCCGAAACUUCCUCAGUCAGAACCGCCUCAUGAUCACGCACCACGCAGUCAUUCUGUUUGUCCUCGUGCCGGUCGCACAGAGGCUCCGGGGACACCUCGGCGAUUUCUUUGUCGGCUGCAUCUUCACGGCAGAACUGAGCACUCCAUUCGUGUCGCUGGGCAGAAUUCUGAUUCAGCUAAAGCAGCAGCACACCCUUCUGUACAAGGUGAAUGGAAUCCUCACGCUGGCCACCUUCCUAUCCUGUCGGAUCCUCCUCUUCCCCUUCAUGUACUGGGCCUACGGCCAACAGCAGGGGUUGAGCCUGAUCCAAGUGCCAUUCAACAUCCCUUUCUAUUGCAACGUGGCCAACGCCUUCCUCAUCGCUCCCCAGAUCUACUGGUUCUCUCUGCUGUGCAAGAAAGCAGCUCGGCUCUUUGACGUUCCGGAGGUCAAAAAGGAGGGGUAACCGCUCCUGGGGCUCAGGCAGGGAGGCUGCCUCCUCACAGGAGCCGCAUCCUGCGCUCAGCAUUCGUGGACCAAAUCAUCGCCCUGGGUGGCCUCAGCUUUUAUGUAUUGAUAAGCAGAUGGAUUUGAGUUUUUCUAAAGAAUAUUCAUAUUGCCUCCCUCUUCUAACCUGCCCUUUUUGCAAAAGCACUUUUUUCUUAGUUAACCAUUCAAUCCCGCCAGACCUCCACUGGCAGCAAGGUGGUUUUACUGCGAGCCUAAGGAUGCCUCCUUGGGUCUUAUCUCAAGAGCUCUGGGAGAUGGAAGCCUGGGGCGUGGAGACCAGUGGAGCAGGGUGAUAAGUGUCUGGGCGCCUGCCUGGCCCAAAUGUUGGCGGCUACCCACCCUUCCAGUCACUCAGGACGGCAUCCACUACACUGGGCCAGCGGAGCAAACGAUGACUUGGUUCUUGAAGUAAUGUCUGCUUGCAGUGUUGGCCUGGGAAAAUCACUGUGGGUAGAUAGUUUUUAAAGUGUUUACCCGGUAACCCGUUGGUUCUUUGCCUCACCCUCACUGCCGUGUCUACUGACUUCCAGUCAGAAGUCUCCCUGGCAGUGAGGUGUAGGGAUGGGACCCUGAAGUACUUGAGUAGGCAGGAGGCCAAGAGGUCAGCAUGACCUUCGCAGGCUGACUUGGUAGAAGACCAGCGUCAAGCCUGAGUUUGCUGCAGUCACAGACACUAUUCCCCUCUUAGCAUGUCCCCUCAUGCCCAGCUCUCCCCACAUCCACAUGCAUCGGAUGUGUCCCCAACAGCUAUGGGCAAACUGCUCACUGGGUAAUCCCGCUCUGGGCACUGUUGGAAGUGGACUUUUAUGCUCCCAGCCAUGUGGCUCAUCUAGACUGCAGGGUGCUCCCCAGAGCCCCUGGAUGAGCCAGAGCUCAUGGUCCACAGCCCAGUCCCUUGUUGAGCGGACUGCGUCCACAGGACACUGGAGAAAAGGAGGGCAGCCUGCCUGGCCCAGUACGUCCCCUGUGCUGACGCCUUCACCCCAUAUGCAAAUAGGAUCCUCUGGUGCCAACACUAAUCAUUCCUUAUCAACUAGGAGGGGUCUGAGACUGUGCUACCAGUUUUUCAAGUGGUAGUGAAAAACUAGAAUUCUAGAAGUGCCUUGAACUCUUAAAAGGACGGAAUGUCACGUAACAGCAUCUGAAAUUCUGACUGGUCGUCUUUAAUGGGUGCCAUUUACAAAAUGUAAGAUGCGACAAUUUUUUAUACUGUUUUAUUUACUGUAUCUAUCUGUGUAAGUCAUCCCUGUGGUGAUUAAAUUGCACUAAUGUUUCCCAA